AAGCGCUUGCGGCAGGUCCCCGCCCCCAGGAUCGGCCUUCCCUGCAAGGGGAUGAAGCAAAUGUAGAAACACCUUGCUCCGCAGCAUCCUAACCUGGAGCUGGAGGGGCUGCGCCUGCGGGCCGACCCCACCAGUGUCCCAGCUUGAGGACCGCCUGCCGCUCUCCACGGUACUGCGGAGAGCUCAGCUCCGCCCUUCUCUUUCAGAAGGACAGCACCCCGCGUCACGUAACCCAGCCUUCUCGGGCUCCACCACCGCCUCCUCCUUCCCAGCUCUUUUCCUCUCCUCCUCCUCCUUCUGCUCCCCUCCGUUGUCUGUUCUUCCUUCCCGCACUCCCGGAGAUAGACGCUCAAGCCUGACGCCUCUGAAAAGGCAGCGGCAGUCGCCUUACCCACAGACCUCAGGAAAUUCGUUUGGACCGAUGCAUGCUUCAGGCUCAGGCGCGAGCUGAGGGGAAUAACGGGGCAGAUUUCUGGGACCCUAUUAAAGACAAAAAAUAACCAAAAUGCAUCACCAACACACAACCAAUUGACAUGCUGACAUUCUAGCUUGGCCUUGCAGAGGUGGAGAGAAAAGAAGAGCUGUUGUGAUUUCCACAUCUAACAGCUUCUGGCUAUUCCACAGCUUCUGGGUUUGACCCCUGCUGCUGGGGAGGGAAAAAGAGAAGGAAAAUCCAGCCUGUGAUGUCAUGCACAAGGAAUUCUUUGACUACAGUGGUGCUGCAAGUCCAUGAUAUGACAGAAGAAGCAGGUCUUUGAAACUAUACUGGGGUUGAUGAGUGGUGCUCUAAGGUACAAGGAACCACUUUCUCCCUUCUGCUUUCAUAGACUUCAUCUGGAGAAAGCAUUCACAAGCAUCCAAAGAUUCAGGCUCAUCGGUGGCUCCUUGUUAUUUCCCUGACAAGUGUUUACUUCUUACCGGACUCGAACUGCUUCCCUUUUGCCUGGUACCACUGAUGGUACCUGGCGGUUGAUAACUAUUUGAGGAGUGAAGCAUCUGUUGACAUCAUUGAUGCCCUUGAACUAGUUCAUUGGACUCAAAUGGAUGAGUGAUUUCCCUUGACUUUCUGUUGACACCUUUUCCAGAACGUUGCUUCCAAAGUGUAUCCUCCCUUUGGUUUGGACGUUUUGUGGCUGCCCUGUACCACUGGGGUCUACGUUUUCCAGUUGGAAGGGGACUAUAGGGAAAGAGGGAGGGGUUGCUGGAAGAAGAAGAAGAAAAAAAGAACUAGACAAAGGAGGGUGCAUCCCUCCCACUCCUGCCCAGCCCCCUACCCUACUUACUCCUGGACCCUUAUUUCUGCAUCACGGUGACCAGGACAAUUUUGACCCUGUCGGCCCCGGCACCUCCCCGCCGCACCCCAGCCCCGAGCAUGGGGACGGCGCUACUCCAGCGCGGGGGCUGCUUUCUCCUGUGCCUCUCGCUGCUGCUCCUGGGCUGCUGGGCAGAGCUGGGCAGCGGGCUAGAGUUCCCGGGCGCGGAGGGCCAGUGGACACGGUUCCCCAAGUGGAACGCCUGCUGCGAGAGCGAAAUGAGCUUCCAGCUGAAGACGCGCAGCGCCCGCGGCCUCGUGCUCUACUUCGACGACGAGGGCUUCUGCGACUUCCUGGAGCUCAUCCUGACGCGCGGGGGCCGCCUGCAGCUCAGCUUCUCCAUCUUCUGCGCCGAGCCCGCCACGCUGCUGGCGGACACGCCGGUCAACGACGGCGCCUGGCACAGCGUGCUCAUCCGCCGUCAGUUCCGCAACACCACGCUCUUCAUCGACCAGGCGGAGGCCAAGUGGGUGGAGGUCAAGUCCAAGCGGAGGGACAUGACGGUGUUCAGCGGCCUCUUCGUGGGGGGGCUGCCCCCGGAACUGCGGGCCGCGGCGCUCAAGCUCACCUUGGCCUCGGUGAGGGAGCGAGAGCCGUUCAAAGGCUGGAUUCGGGACGUGAGGGUCAACUCCUCCCAGGCCCUGCCCGUGGACAGCGGCGAGGUGAAACUGGAUGAUGAGCCGCCCAACAGUGGCGGCGGGAGCCCCUGCGAGGCGGGCGAGGAGGGCGAGGGCGGGGUGUGCCUCAACGGAGGCGUGUGCUCCGUGGUGGACGACCAGGCGGUGUGCGACUGCUCACGAACUGGCUUCCACGGGAAGGACUGCAGCCAAGAAGACAACAAUGUGGAAGGUCUGGCGCACCUGAUGAUGGGCGACCAAGGAAAAGAAGAAUAUAUUGCCACUUUCAAAGGAUCUGAAUACUUCUGCUACGAUUUGUCUCAAAACCCCAUUCAGAGCAGCAGUGACGAAAUAACUCUGUCCUUUAAAACCCUUCAAAGGAAUGGACUGAUGCUUCACACUGGGAAAUCAGCUGAUUAUGUCAAUCUUGCCCUGAAAAAUGGAGCUGUCUCUCUGGUCAUUAAUUUGGGAUCAGGGGCCUUUGAAGCACUAGUGGAGCCCGUGAAUGGAAAGUUUAAUGAUAAUGCCUGGCAUGAUGUGAAAGUCACCAGGAAUCUGCGUCAGGUGACAAUAUCAGUGGAUGGGAUUCUUACCACAACGGGCUACACGCAAGAAGAUUACACCAUGCUGGGGUCUGAUGACUUUUUCUAUGUUGGAGGCAGUCCCAGCACAGCAGACCUUCCAGGGUCACCAGUCAGUAACAACUUUAUGGGCUGUCUCAAAGAGGUUGUAUACAAAAAUAAUGAUGUAAGGCUGGAAUUAUCUCGACUCGCCAAGCAAGGGGACCCUAAGAUGAAGAUCCAUGGAGUAGUGGCAUUUAAAUGUGAGAACGUUGCAACUUUGGACCCCAUCACCUUUGAAACCCCAGAGUCUUUCAUCUCUUUGCCUAAAUGGAACGCAAAGAAAACAGGCUCCAUAUCAUUUGAUUUCCGCACAACAGAGCCAAAUGGACUCAUCUUAUUUAGCCAUGGCAAGCCACGACACCAAAAAGAUGCCAAGAACCCACAGAUGAUAAAGGUUGACUUCUUUGCUAUUGAGAUGCUGGAUGGCCAUCUCUACCUCCUCCUAGACAUGGGGUCAGGUACAAUAAAAAUCAGAGCCCUACAGAAGAAGGUGAAUGAUGGAGAAUGGUAUCAUGUGGACUUCCAAAGAGACGGCCGGUCAGGUACCAUUUCUGUCAACACGCUGCGCACACCCUACACUGCUCCCGGCGAGAGUGAGAUCCUGGACCUGGACGAUGAGCUGUACCUGGGGGGCUUGCCAGAAAAUAAAGCCGGCCUCGUCUUUCCCACCGAGGUGUGGACUGCUCUGCUCAACUAUGGCUACGUGGGCUGCAUCAGAGACUUGUUCAUCGACGGCCAGAGCAAAGAUAUCCGGCAAAUGGCUGAAGUUCAAAGUACUGCUGGAGUGAAGCCCUCCUGCUCAAGGGAAACAGCAAAACCGUGCCUUAGCAACCCUUGCAAAAACAAUGGCAUGUGCAGGGAUGGGUGGAACAGAUAUGUCUGCGAUUGUUCCGGAACAGGCUAUCUUGGCAGGUCCUGUGAGAGAGAGGCAACUGUUUUGAGCUAUGAUGGGAGCAUGUUUAUGAAAAUCCAGCUCCCUGUGGUCAUGCACACAGAGGCUGAGGAUGUGUCCUUACGGUUUCGAUCCCAGCGUGCCUAUGGCAUUCUCAUGGCAACCACCUCGAGAGACUCGGCAGACACCCUCCGCCUGGAGCUGGACGCAGGGCGCGUGAAACUGACGGUCAACCUAGAUUGUAUCAGGAUUAACUGUAAUUCCAGCAAAGGUCCCGAGACCCUUUUUGCCGGCUAUAACCUCAAUGAUAAUGAAUGGCACACAGUGCGUGUGGUUCGUCGAGGAAAAAGUUUAAAGUUAACGGUGGAUGACCAACAAGCCAUGACAGGUCAAAUGGCAGGCGAUCAUACCAGGCUGGAGUUUCAUAACAUAGAGACUGGCAUCAUCACAGAACGACGGUAUCUGUCUUCUGUCCCCUCCAACUUCAUCGGGCACCUUCAGAGCCUGACAUUUAAUGGAAUGGCAUACAUUGAUUUGUGUAAAAAUGGCGACAUAGAUUACUGUGAGCUCAAUGCCAGAUUUGGCUUCCGGAACAUCAUAGCAGACCCUGUCACCUUCAAGACCAAAUCGAGCUAUGUUGCCUUAGCUACAUUGCAAGCCUACACUUCUAUGCAUCUUUUUUUCCAGUUCAAGACAACAUCCCUAGAUGGACUAAUUCUCUAUAACAGUGGGGAUGGAAAUGACUUUAUUGUGGUUGAAUUAGUAAAAGGGUACUUACAUUAUGUGUUUGAUUUGGGAAAUGGUGCUAACCUCAUCAAAGGGAGCUCAAAUAAACCUCUCAAUGACAAUCAGUGGCACAAUGUGAUGAUAUCAAGGGACACCAGCAAUCUCCACACUGUAAAGAUCGACACAAAAAUCACAACGCAAAUCACUGCAGGAGCCAGGAACUUGGACCUCAAGAGUGACUUGUAUAUAGGAGGAGUGGCAAAAGAAACAUACAAAUCCUUGCCGAAACUGGUCCAUGCCAAGGAGGGCUUUCAAGGCUGCCUGGCAUCAGUUGAUUUAAAUGGACGGCUUCCAGACCUCAUCUCAGAUGCCCUUUUCUGCAACGGACAGAUUGAAAGAGGAUGUGAAGGGCCCAGCACAACCUGCCAAGAGGACUCGUGUUCCAACCAAGGUGUGUGCUUGCAGCAGUGGGACGGCUUCAGCUGUGACUGCAGUAUGACUUCCUUCAGUGGGCCGCUCUGCAAUGACCCUGGGACAACAUAUAUCUUUAGCAAAGGUGGUGGACAAAUCACGUAUAAGUGGCCUCCUAAUGACCGGCCAAGUACGCGAGCAGACAGACUGGCCAUAGGGUUUAGUACUGUUCAGAAAGAAGCUGUGUUGGUGCGAGUGGACAGUUCUUCUGGCCUGGGGGACUACCUAGAGCUGCAUAUACACCAAGGAAAAAUUGGAGUUAAAUUUAAUGUUGGGACAGAUGACAUUGCCAUCGAAGAGUCCAAUGCAAUCAUUAACGAUGGGAAAUACCAUGUAGUCCGUUUCACGAGGAGUGGUGGCAAUGCCACAUUACAGGUGGACAGCUGGCCAGUGAUCGAGCGCUACCCUGCAGGGCGUCAGCUCACAAUCUUCAAUAGCCAAGCAACCAUAAUAAUUGGCGGGAAAGAGCAGGGCCAGCCCUUCCAGGGCCAGCUCUCUGGGCUUUACUACAAUGGCUUGAAAGUUCUGAAUAUGGCAGCCGAAAAUGAUGCCAACAUCGCCAUAGUGGGGAAUGUGAGACUGGUUGGUGAAGUGCCUUCCUCUAUGACAACUGAGUCGACAGCCACUGCCAUGCAGUCAGAGAUGUCCACGUCAAUCAUGGAGACCACCACGACCCUGGCCACUAGCACAGCCAGGAGAGGAAAGCCCCCCACAAAAGAACCCAUUAGCCAGACCACCGAUGACAUCCUUGUGGCCUCAGCAGAGUGUCCCAGUGAUGACGAGGACAUUGACCCCUGUGAGCCGAGCUCAGGUGGGUUAGCCAACCCAACCCGAGCAGGGGGAAGAGAGCCAUACCCAGGCUCAGCAGAAGUGAUUCGGGAGUCCAGCAGCACCACGGGCAUGGUGGUGGGGAUAGUAGCCGCUGCCGCCCUGUGCAUCCUCAUUCUCCUCUAUGCCAUGUACAAGUACAGAAACCGGGAUGAAGGCUCAUACCACGUGGACGAGAGUCGAAACUACAUCAGUAACUCAGCACAGUCCAAUGGGGCUGUUGUAAAGGAGAAACAACCCAGCAGUGCGAAAAGCGCCAACAAAAAUAAGAAAAACAAGGAUAAAGAGUAUUAUGUCUGAUUCCAAGAUCUUAAAAGGACCCUUGUAUAGAAAUAGUCUUCAUUUUAUCUGAGACAUAAUAUAAACUUAUUUACUUUCCUUUUUAUGAAGCACAUACAAAAGAAGACAGGGAAUGCAAUCAGGAAGGAAAGACUGUUUUUAAAAAAUAAAAACAAGUAUCUCAUGCUCUUGUUUCUCCAAAAAAGAAAAAAAAAAGCGGGGGCCAAUAAAUUCCCUAACAUCCACAGUGUUUUCAUUUACUCUGCCUGUCUUUAUGUUGCUGGAACAUUUCUAAAAGACAGUGAUGACCGCACGCAUUCAUAAAGCAAAGGAGUAUUACAACAUCAAGGCACAACACAAAAACAACACAAAACACAACACACAAAAAAAGAAGCUACCUAUGAUCCUGGAUUUAGCCAAAGUGCUAGCGCUUUCCUGACAAGUCAGAUAGUCCUAUGGCCAGAGAAGACUGUGUCAUUUUGAGUGACUCGACCUGCAAAUCCGUAAGAGUUCGCUGCCUGGCGCAAGUGGAGCAGUGGUUGGAACUUGCAUUCGAAACAAAGUGCUGGCUUUUUUGAAGACUUGUGUAGGAACACAUUCAAAAAGCCCCUUUCUGAUUGUGAGGGAAAAAAAUAGUAUGGAGGCCUUAUUUUCAAAACAAUGUGAAAUAUAAGGCACAUUUUCACACUAAAAUUUCAAAACAAAAACAAGAGGGCAUAGAUGCAAUCACUGGGAAAUUUUCAUGCACGCUUAAUACGUUAUUACAUAUGUUUAUAUAAAAUCCAUCUCUGUGUGCUUUCUGGACUGUGGUAAGUGACGUUUUAUAGCCUGUUGUAUAGAAAAUGCAAAAUAUAUCUCUGCUCUUCAGCCAUUUUUGGUAAAUUCAAUGUUAUAAGUGUUGCUAAGUAUAGGGAGUUUUAUGAUGUCAGAGCAACAAUUAUUUCAGGGUUUUUUUUUUCCCCAUCAUAAUAAAUUGCCACAAUUACUUACUUUUUUAAAAUAAAGUUACAAUGUAGUGUUUAUUCUAAGAAAGAUAUGUAUGAAUGUAUAUAAAAAGAUUCAGCUACAUUUUUUCUUACAUGUACAGCCUUCAUUCUGUUACAAUUAAGUUUUAGUAUUUGUAUGAAAGGUGUGAAUUAGAAGGUAAAAUAUAUACAUAUGUAUCUUAUAAUCUUUUUCCCCCAAAAUACACUCCCCAAAUACACUCACUAUUCACAUUCACAGACACACACACACAAAUCCAGAGUUGACCAUCAGAUAUGAUGAAAGACUAAACAUAUAUAUACUAACAAAUAUUUACCAACAAACUGAAAAGCAGGAAGGAAGAUACGUAGUUGUGCCAAGGUAUUGAUGUCAAAUGGAGUGAUCUUCAUCGAGAUCAUAUGCUCCCAAGAAAUCCCCAGAAUAUUUUAGUCCCUAAUGAAAUGGAACCUUUUCUUAUCAAAUAGAAUAUCAAUGAUACCUUGCUACAUGAAUAUGAACCAUUAUGUGGGGAGGUUACAGAGCAAAAUUAGUUGAUAUACAUCUUAACCCUGGUUGCUGCAAUUGAAAACUUUGUUUCCAAUAAAAUUUUAUUUUUCUCUGAACCUCAUGUGCAUGAUAGACAUUUUGGAAAGUAAACACUUUCUCAGCUAAGAAAGUAUUUUCAGUAAUUUUUGAUUCUGUAUUACUAUCCUUUUAAAAACCAUUCUCUAUUUGUUGAUUAUUGACUAUAUUUUAACUUUUGUGGUUUUGCAUAUGUAUCAUUAAAUGUUCUAAUUUAACACACAUUAAAUAGUAGGAAAGUAUAGAUUAUACACUUGUUUUGCAUAUUGUUUCAAUGAUGUUCAUAGCAAUAAAUUAUCAACAUGAGAAGGUAAUGCAAAGGAAAUGCAUUAUUAGAUUGAUGGCUCGGUAUAGAUUGGUUGCAUUACUUCAACAUCUCCUAAAAUGAUACUAGAUUUCAUAGAAGAGAAGAAUACCUUUACAAUUAGCUUUAAUCAGCAAAGGCAAAAAAUGCAAAUCAUCUUUUGUAAUACUUUAGUUGAUUAAAAAAUAAAGCCAAGAAGCGGCCUGGAUUUCAGACAUACAGCACCUUAGAAACAUGUACAAUUCAUAGCAAAUCACCACUAUCUAUGGUUGCCAAGAAAUUGUUAUAUAUGAAAAGUUUUAAAGGCUUUUCAUGACCUAGAAAGUAGAGGUAUAAAACUAAAAUUUAAUAUCCAUUACUUAUGUUUCAAAUUUUUAAAAAAAAUUUGCUCGGUUAAAAAAUUCAUGUCUUUUUUCCCCUCCUCUCAUUCAGUCUUACUCAGGGAAAGCCAGUGAAAUAAGAAGGUAAAUAUAAAACCACUAAUUUACAUCUUGAGGUUAUACAAAUAAAUAGCUGCUUUUCCAUUUGAUCUAUGUAACUUUACCUGGUUUCCAUCUGGAAAGAUUCUAAAAUCUGAUAGAAAGUAAUGACAUUGUUAAGCAGUAUAUCUAUGAAGUGUGUUGUCUGGGACUGAUUUCAAUGUUUCUUUCCAACAUAAACUUUAAAAUUUCAUGUAAUGAUGUAAUCUAAUAUUGUCAGUAAAAAUAUUGCUAAUGUUAUUGGCCUACACAACAUCUAGCAAUUUUUUUUUCUUCUUUCUUUUAAAAUGGAGAAGGAAAAGAGAGGAACAUGAGCUAGGGAGAGAAAAAGACGUGAAUAAAACCCCAAGUAUCUUCAUACCAAAAGUAUCAGGGUUCCAUGCAGAGUUUGAGGCUAAUAGAGGAUCUCACACUACCUGGCAUAAAUUUGAUUACAUCUCUAGACUGUAACUUUUAUGAUCGAGUCUGCUUCUUUUUUAUUCAUGUAAUGUGUUGCCUUUUUUAAAAAAAAAUACUACAAUAAUGUGUGAUGUGGUCAAUCCCUAACACAUCAAAGAAUGACCACAUGACCUUCCCAUGCUAGUGCUCUGUGUGACUGGGUAUCUAAGGGUUUGGUUUCGUUUUGUUUUU